CAUGGAACGGAUUUUGGUAUCACAAAUUAUCUUGGAGACCGUGAGAUCAGUGUCCCUUGCGUGUUAAAAGAAUUAUACUCUGAUUUCAUCGUGCAGGAAGUUCUUGAGGAUAAAACUGUACUACAACUUCGGACGGCGGACGAGAUCAGGAAUUAUGUGAAAGAGGAAGAGGAGAGAAGUGUUGAUGAGACUGUCACAGUGCCUUCCUUCUUGAAUAGUGAACACCUCCAGAGCAUGGAUGCUAUGGAUAAAAAUUCAAAGCCGCUACUAAUAUCUUGUGAAGGCUUAAGCAAGGACGAUCGAAAAACUUUACAUGAAUUCGUGAGGUUGCGAUAUCAUGGAAAACUGAGUACGGAAACAAAGGAAAAUGCUAUCGAGGUCAACUACUGCGGUAUAGGCAGUCGAGCAAGAAAGCGAAAACGUUGGAACAAGGAUUGCCCUAAUCAGGGUCACUUUACGUUAGCGAAAGAAAACAAGGACACUAGCUACGCUUUGGGCGUUCUUGCUAAAUUCCUCAAUGUGACUGUAAACACUUUCCGAACUCACGGAAUCAAAGAUCGCCGUGCUGUGACGUCUCAACGUGUCAGCUGUAAUCGAAUAGAAAAGGUCCCUAUUUUCUCUCAUUCAUAUGAAGAAGGAAUACUUCCUGUACAUUUUCCAUACGAUGGAAUCACUGCCUCUUCGUUCUAG